UGCCACCUGUCAGAGUCCAUCAGUGCCAGCUGAACAAUGCUACGUGCCAGUGCCCAUCAGUGCCACAAUGCCACAUAUCAGUGCCUACAAGUGCACAUCAAUGUCACAAAUCAGUGCCCAUCUGAGCUGCCCUUCAGUGUCACCCAUCAGUGCCAGUCAGUGCCACCUAUCAAUGCCAAUUAUCAGUGCCGCUAAUCAGUGCCAGUCAGUGCCGCCUAUCAGUGCGCAUCAGUGCCGCCUAUCAGUGCCAAUCAGUGCCAUCUAUCAGUACCAGUCAGUGCCACCUAACAGCGCCAGUCAGUGACGCCUAA